AUGGCAUUUUUAGCGCGUCCAGACGGCAAAGUGGUUCCACUGAGCCCGGAAGAGCUCGCCGCAACCGGCCGAUACUAUGCUGAGGGCACGGUAUUUUCAAUCUUCCAGCGGAGCUUCAAGACAAACGAUGAUCUAGCCAACUACCUCUCCGAAAACAUGUUUGCAAACGCAACAAAGGAGCAGCUAUUGGAACUUAUUGAGGCGAGAACCGUAACCGACCACGCGCUAAUCCCAAAAUGCAUUCAAAGUCCUGCUCAUUGCUUCCACCCACCACCGCUAGACAGGCCAGUGAGAAUCCAGAUCGAAGGCCCGCUGGUAUCUAUCCAGAAACUGCUUCCGGAGGUACCGUGGCAUGUUGACGUCCAUGAAAAGAAGUUUCAGCAGGCUGGCGCAGAACUCGCAGAGUUGACUUACCGAACGAUAUAUGGACAUGAUGUCCGCCCUUUUGUCGAGAAUGACAUGAUUGUGCGAGACGAGUACCUGGGUUGGGUGCAUCAGAAAAAGUAA